AUGCAGCGUUCUAUGAACGCGGCAGUUAGAUUUGUUGCGGGGCUCAAGAAGAAUGAGCACAUCACACCCACGUACAUUCACCUCAAUCUCAUGCCCUACAGUGUUCGUCGGGACUACAUGUGUGUUGGCUUGCUUUGUAGCAUUUUCAAAUCUGGUGAGCCGCAGUAUAUAUUUGAGAGGAUGGUUUUCCACUCAUCUGAUGCUGCAGGCUUUAACAGAGCAAGUACCCUGGAUCUGGUUAUCCCGUGGACGAGGACUGAGUUCUACAGUGACUCGUCUAGAGUUUACGCUGCUCGACUCUGGAAUCGGUUACCAAUUGUCAUUCGUGUGCAGUUUGACCGACCCUGUUUCAAGAGGAAACUGGCCGAAUUUUUGCGGCAGGACCACUUCCGUUAUUCUUAA